AUGGCUGAUGCAGUUCGCGAUGGUGACGACGGCCGCGAAGUGGGAGACGACGCAAUGUGGUCACUGUCUUCCGCCAAGCCUGGCAACGGCGUGGACCAGCUGCGCGACGACAAUAUGGACACGUACUGGCAGUCGGACGGUGUGCAGCCGCACCUGAUCAAUAUUCAAUUCGCCCGCAAGAUGGUUAUCAAGGAGGUGGCGCUGUAUCUGGACUACAAGCUGGACGAGAGCUAUACACCCAAGAAGAUCGCUAUCCGCAGUGGCUCCACGGUGCACGAUCUCAAGGAGAUCCACGUACAGCACAUUGCAGAGCCCAGCGGCUGGAUAUCCAUUCCGUUGCACGCGGACGAAGUAUCGGAGCAGGCUCCACUGCGCACGUUUUUCUUGCAAGUCGUGGUCCUUGCCAUGCACCAAAACGGGCGCGACACACACAUCCGACAGGUGAAGAUUUACGCCCCGCGAGAGACCAACGUCCUCGACUGGACCAUCCCGGAGGCCACCACGCCGCAGUUCGCUGCGUUCUCGUGCAUCCGUUAG